AUGGAGAUAGGUUUGGUUGAUAAAGUAAGAGAAAGAAGAGUUGGUUAUGUGAAAAGGAUCAAUGCAAAGAGCAGGAACAAACCUUAUUGUAGAGUUAAGAGACAUGUUCCUAAGUCACUUCAGCAGCUAUUUCAUUCAUGCAAACAAACAUUCAAAGGUCCUGAAACUGUUCCUGUAACACAAGAUGUUCACAAACUUUGUCACAUUCUUGAUAACAUGAAGCCGGAAGAUGUUGGACUUAGUAGGGAUCUGCAGUUUUUCAAGCCUGGAAAUAUUAUUAAAGAGAAUCAAAGGGUCACAUACACCACUGUUUACCAGUGUCACAAUUUCUCUGUGUGUAUGUUUUUCCUACCUGAAAGAGGAGUGAUUCCCCUCCAUAACCACCCUGGCAUGACUGUUUUCAGCAAGCUUCUGUUAGGACAGAUGCACAUUAAGUCUUAUGAUUGGGUUCCUGACGCCUCUCCCAACUCCAAAUUGAGAAUGGCAAAGUUAAAAGCAAACAAAGUGUUGACAUCACCAUGUCAUACAUCGGUAUUGUAUCCAACAACAGGAGGAAACAUUCAUGAGUUCACAGCUAUAACUCCAUGUGCUGUUCUUGAUGUCAUCGGUCCACCUUAUUCAAAACAAGAUGACAGAGACUGUUCAUAUUACCGAGAUUUCCCUUGUGAUGAUGCACAUCAAAAAGAGAUCGGUAAGGUGAAAGAUGAAAAUGAUAGUUAUGCAUUGUUAGAAGAAAUUCAGAUGCCACAAAAUUGUCAAAUGGAUGGUAUUCAAUAUUUAGGACCUCCUAUUGAUGAAACUGUUUAUUAG